AUGGCCUUGGUUCUGCAACUGCUGCCGUUGCUGCUGCUGCAACUGCUGCCGUUGCUGCUGCUGAGGGCCCAGGGAGACCCCGGUGCUUCACUGGACGGCCGCCCUGGAGACCGGGUGAAUUUCUCCUGCGUAGGGAUCUCGCAUCCCAUCCGCUGGGCCUGGGCGCCUAGUUUCCCGGCCUGCAGGGGCCUGUCCAAAGGACGCCGCCCAAUCCUGUGGGCCUCAUCCAGCGGAACCCCCACUGUGUCUCCCCUCCAGCCCUUUGCUGGUCGCCUACGUGCCCUGGACCCUAGUAUCCGGCGGCUGGAGCUGCUCCUGAGCGCGGGGGACUCAGGCACCUUUUUCUGCAGGGGCCGCCAAGAGAAGGAGAGCCGUACUGUGCUGCAUGUGCUAGGGGACGGGGCUGAUUGCAGGGCUCCGGGGCCUACCCACGGGUCUCUGUAUCCCCAGCUCCUGAUCCCACUGCUGGGCGUUGGGCUGCUGCUAGGACUCGGGGCGUUGGGCGUGGUCUGGUGGUGGCGCAGGCGAUCACCCCCGCAACCGCCUCGACCGCUCCCCAGAUUUGAUCCACUGCUGACAGUCGAGACCCAGAGGCCAGUAAAGGAGGAGGAGCCUAAGGUCGCAGGGGACCUGGACCAGGAGCCGAGCCUGCUCUAUGCAGACCUGGAUCAUCUGGCCCUCAGAAGUCCCCUCCAGUUAUCUCCAGUGGUUUCUGCUGAUGCCUCCACCAUCUAUGCAGUUGUAGUUUGAAGGGAAAUCCUUAUUCUGAACUUGGCAAGCUGGGGGUUCUCAGCUCUCCACAACUCCCACCCCUUCUUGGCCCCUCAUCUGGAGAAGGAAUGGGGUAAAAAUGAGCACUAGCCUGAGAGUCAGGAGCCCUGGGUCUCAGGCUAUCUCUGCCACUGAUCUAGCUCCUUCAGUUACCCCAUCUCAUAACUUUCUUGUUUCCUUCACCACUGGUGCCCUCUCUAAACCUGAUCAAGCCCUGUCUCCCUAUCUUAAGACUUCAACAACUCCUAGAUAGUUGUCCUACUCUUCUUUUCUCUCCACAGUCCAGCUCUUUGAACCAGGGGCCUACACUUGUAUUUUCUUCUCCCUCCCUCCACCCCACUUGCUCAUCUGCUCUCCAUGAGGUUGCCAGUGAGGUCCUGAGGGCCAC